AUGGCGCCCAUCACUCAGAAGCCAGGAGUAAUAAAGGAUCCGGCAAUUGCGGCCCUUUUCAGUAAUAAAGAUCCCGAAAAUCGUUAUCAAGACCUUCGCGAAAUUGGGCAUGGCAGUUUCGGCGCAGUGUUUUUCGCAUACGACAAAGAAAAUCAGGAAACCGUGGCGAUUAAAAAAAUGAAUUUUAGCGGUAAGCAAGCCGUUGAGAAAUGGAAUGAUAUUUUGAAAGAGGUAUCAUUUCUUCACUCAAUAAAACACCAACAUAUUGUGGAGUAUAAAGCUUGUUACCUAAAAGAUACAACUGCUUGGCUCGUCAUGGAAUACUGCAUUGGAUCUGCUGCCGAUAUUGUAGAUGUUUUGCGCAAAGGGAUGCGGGAAGUCGAGAUCAGUGCCAUAAUAACGCAGACGCUAGAAGCACUAUGUUAUCUUCACUCAAUGAAACGAAUUCAUCGGGACAUUAAAGCGGGAAAUAUUUUGCUUUCCGAUCAAGCAAUUGUUAAAUUAGCCGAUUUCGGAUCAGCCUCUCUCACUGAUCCUGCGCAAACAUUCAUCGGAACACCAUUCUUUAUGGCUCCUGAGGUUAUUUUGGCCAUGGACGAAGGUCAUUAUACGGAUCGCGCGGACAUUUGGUCGCUUGGGAUAACUUGCAUUGAACUCGCGGAGCGGCGUCCACCGCUGUUUAGUAUGAACGCAAUGUCAGCGCUUUAUCAUAUCGCUCAAAAUGAGCCUCCAAAAUUAUCUGCAGUCGAGUCCGAUCAGCCGGAAUGGUCUCCAGAAUUUGUUUCAUUCAUUGAUAAGUGCCUUCGCAAGUUUCCAGAGGAUCGUAUUACGGCUGCUGAAUGCUUGCGGCAUCCAUUCAUUGCUCGCGAGAAACCGAAUGAUACUAUUCAAGAGCUCAUAACAAGAACGAAAAAUAUGGUACUCGAAUUAGAUAACUUCCAAUAUAAGAAAAUGCGAAAACUGAUGUAUUUGGAUGAAGCAGAAGGCAAAGAUAGUGAUGUAAACUGUGGGAACUCGGAUGAUCUGGAUUUCCACGGAAACGAGGGAUUGUCCAUAGGAAAAGCGGAUUCAGCGAGCUCCCGAAGCGCAUCGCUUGCCUCAUUCCGCUCAAUGCAGAGUAGCGGAGGAUGCCCGAAUCAACUGGUUUCGACGAGCACCAAUGGUGCGAAUGAUUCGAGCAUUCAUGGCUCUCAGUACAUCAACGGAUCUUCUACAACAUCAAGCCGUCGCCGUCCUCCGAUUCCGAUGAAUAUGAUACAGUCCUCAUCGUCGACCUCUGGAGUUGGAUCGAUGUCGAACACUUCUCAAGGUCUGACGACGAUCGCAGUCGCCGACGCCGCAAAUGAUGGAGAGGACGACGAAACAACAGCAGUUUCUUCGAUUACGGCCAAUUCAAUUCAAGGAGAAGGAGCUUCCAAUGAGGGCUCAAUCCGGAUUCCAGUCAAGGAUCUACAUAUGCAAAAUCAUGAAGUCAAGGAGCGAAUUCAGACGCUGCAGAGUAGGCGGUUCGACACGCUACGACCUCAAAAGCUCAUUAAUCGCGAGCAGGAGGAAUACAGCGGAGAGAAUAAUAUGUACGAGCAGAUGAGCGGCUACAAACGCCUUCGUCAGCAGCAUCACAAAGAGCUGAGGCAGUUUGAGGAACGGUGUGCGAUUGAACGGGAAAACCUCCGAUUGAAGCUUGACAAGGAGUUGGAGCAACUCAACACAACGUACUCCAAAGAGAAACAACGAGUCCGUAUGUCUCAUACGUCGGAACUCGAAAAGAAGAAGAAAGAAAUAGAAGAAGGAGAGAAGAAGCUUCGAAAACAGGCGGCUAAUAAUAAACAGCAACAGAUGAAAGUCUACAGUGCAAUGCAGCUCAAAGAAUAUAAACACAACAAGGAGCUCCAGAAAGCGAGACUUAAAUCGAUGAGCUUAACCAGAAAUGCUUAUGAAGCCGCUGUGAAAGAUGUGAAAGCGGAUUUGAAUCGAAAAAAGUUGGUACUCGAGAGGGACUACGAAUCUCAACUUCAAGAGCAAAGCGAUGAGGAUAUGAUUCGCUUCCGACGACAGCAGUUGAGUCGUUUGCAUUCACUAGAAGAGCGUUUGGAUGAUGAGGACAUUAACGUUCAAGAACGUCAAAUGGAAAAUCGACAAGCCCUUCUGAUGAAGCAGCAUGAAAUGACACGGGAUCUCGAAUACGCUCAUCUCAACGAACUGUUAGCAAUGAAAAAGCGACAUCAGGAAGCACAACAUGAAGCGGAGUCAAAUAACCAGAACGAGUAUACCAAUAGGCAGCAAGAUGAGCUGAGGAAGAAGCAUGCAUUGAGAUCUCGUCAGCAGCCGAGAGAGCUUAAACUCAAAGAAGCUCAAAUACGGAAGAUGUACCGGCACUCAGUUAAAACGCAAACUCGGCAGUUCAAAGCCCUGCUCGCGCAAAUGCUACAGCACUCUCCAAAAGAGCAGCAUAAAGAUAUUGAACGACGCCUUAAACAGGACCAAAUGACAAAAAUUGCGGCGUUGUCGUCACAGUAUGAAAGUCAAAUCAAAAAUAUGGUUCGAGAUCAAACGUGCAAACUCGAGUGUUGGCAAGAAGAUGAACAACGCGCAUUGAGCCAAAAGCUUGAGAAAGAACUUGAAGAGCUCAUCGCCUAUCAGAAGAAGCAACGCGAGCAACUCGACGAACAAAUUAAAAAGGAACGCGAAACCCUCGAAGAGCGAAUAAGCGCUAGACGCGCACUUCUAGAGCAACGCAUCCAAGAAGAACGCGAAGAGAUGGCGAACUUACGUCGCCUCAAAAAAGAGCAGAUUCGCGAGCGACACAGCGUCGAACGGCAACGGCUUGAGAGCAGUUUCGCUCGUUCGGCGGCUAGCUCGUCGCGUUCCCUUGGAGGCGCUGGAUCAUCCGUUCAACUUGCGCUUUAA